AUGCGCAAAACUAUUGGAGAUGUACUUGAUCAAUAUAAAGAAUUUCUUGAAGACAUUUGGAAUGCGAUCUGUGCUGAUGAAGAUCCAUCGUCACUUGUAACCGAAUUCCAAAAUUAUAUUGAAACAUUGAUAAAAGAUACAUGGGAUCCGAUAUUUGUCGAAAUCAAUAAGAUAACA